CGUAGGCCAGCAGCUGCAGCUCCAAUUCGACCCCUAGCCUGGGAACCUCCAUAUGCCAAGGGUGUGGCCCUAAAAGGACAAAAAAAAAAAGGUCCUUCCAUCCUUCACCCUCCACUCAUCACCCUCAUGCAGGAAGAUAAUCCCCUGACCUUUGGUGUCACAUAGCUGUUCAUGUGACCUUGAGGUUGUCCGUAUGUCACAAUGAACAGUUACUCAUCUACUCAGCUCUUCCUAAGCAUUGGCAUGUGCCAGGUUCCGGGCUCCGCCCCUGGUCUACAGGGUGAAUGAGACCUGCCCUUCUCCCCACCCCCCGCCCAACCCUCACCGCCAGGGUGUACAAAUUCACAGAAGAGCCGGCCGCGUAAAUGGAGGCUUGUAAGACAAGUGGUAAGUGCAGGGCUUGAUCACCCACAGAGCGUAAUGAGAGCAGAGAAAAGUGAAAAUGAAGCCAGUCUGGGCUUGGCAAGGCAGGGUGGGGUGAGGUGGGAGAUGACAGCUGCGUCCACGUCUGUGAAUUGGGUCCAGAGACUUGACUUUCCUUCCAGGCAGGGGGCGAUAGGAAGCUGGCCCUGCUGGUCAGGGCUGCUCCCGCAUGGUCUCCCUCCUCAUUUGGGGCCUUCCCCACCAGCAGCCCUAUGCUCCCUCCACCUCUGCUUGUCCCACCAAACCCACCUCACCUGCCAUCCUUUCUCCCGCUCCCCGAAUCCAGCCUUGGGAGUUGCAACCUUGGGAGAGAUGAGGCUCUGAACAAGGACAACGUCCAAAAAUGCUAGAGUGCUGCUUCUCCCCUUUUCCAGAGCCAGCUCACAGGGACAAGGUGGCCCCUGGGCCAAAACUGAAUGGUGGGGAGUUCUUGUGGUGGUGCAGCAGAAACAAAUCUGACUAGGAACCAUGAGGUUGGAAGUUCGAUCCCUGGCCUUGCUCAGUGGGUUAAGGGUCUGGCAUUGCCGUGAGCUGUGGUGUAGGUCACAGAUACGGGUCAGAUCUGGCGUUGCUGUGCCUGUGGUGUAGGCCAGCAGCUGUCGCUCCAAUUUGACCCCUAACCUGAGAACUUCCAUAUGCCACGGGUGUGGCCCUGAGAAAAAAAAACCCGAAUGGUGGAAAUGAGUGAACCAGCCACCCUGGCUCCCAUCCAAAGCCACCAGGUGUUACCUCCUCCUCCUGCCUUAGCUGGCCUGGCAGUUCUCAAGGCCACUGAGCAUCGACACAGUGAAGGUCCCGUGCAGGUCCAGGUCCCUGAAGACUAUCUGCAGAGCACAGAGGGGUCCGCACAGGCAGUUCCCUUGGAUGGACCUGUGCUGAUUCUGAUCUGCCCACCCUCUCCAACCCCUGCUGCUCCCCACUCAGCAUCUUUCCGUCCUUUCCGUUGUACGUGCUGCCCCACAUUGCAGGGGGCCAACACAUAGGCCAACUGUGGUGUGGGUGGCACACAGGUUAAGGCUGGUGACCCCCAGGCAAUCUUUCCAGACCGGCCUCAGGUCCUGUUCAGGACACUUGCCAGCUCCCUGGAAAAGGGGUACAAAAGUGUGCCCGACUACAGCUGCAUGGCUUUCCUUUGGCAUCAAAGGAGGCAGAGUAGAAAGAGCUGUAGGUGCAGAGAUGGGUUGGCACAGUGGGAAUUACAAGAGACACCAAGGAAAUUUGUCCCUCCUCCUCCAGGUCGCUGUGCAGAACAGUGUCCCUCUCCUCCGGGUUUCCAUCUGUGGGAGCCCAGCUCCUCUUUGGGAUUCCAGCCUAGAGGCCCAGAGCUGCUCCCUCCACCGAGCAGACCAGAGCAAGCAGAGGGCUCCCCUGGACCCUACACCAGGGGUCGAAGAACACAAUCCAGCACUAUGCUCCUCAGUGGAGACAGGAAUCCAAGCAAAGGUGAUGUGGCCGCAGAGCCUCUUAUGUGCUCGCUGCCAGAAUUAUACGCCUUUGUUCAGAAUUUUAGCAAGGAGAACACGAAACUGAAUCGCCUGAACGCUCACUCUAUUUCACCCAGCGAAGCGCAGAAAAUAUUCAGCCAAAACCUGAAUGCAUUGGGAGAAGCCGAUGUGAGAGAAGAUGAUUCGCAGCCUCUUCUCACGUGCAAGGUGGUGAGAAAGGACGAGAGGCCAGAAUCUAUGACCGAACUCCUUCACCGCAGCUUACUGAGCAGCCCCCUCUAUCCACUGGAGAGACUCAGCAGGUCCCAGCGGAGAAUCUCUCAGCAUGGGAUCCCCCCUCCCAGUUACACGUUUCCUUAUGAGAUUCUCAUCAGUUCCUCCACAGGGAGCCCAGCAGCCGAUGCCAAGAAGGAAGUUCAAGGCAUCAGAAUCUUAUGCAGGUUGGGCAUUCCUGCAGUCUCACCGGAAAAGUUCAUCUUUGAAGAUAGGAUUUCUAAAUACAUAUUAGUUGAUCCAGAAAAACAAUUCCUGGAUCUAAGAGAUCUGGAAUGGAAAUAUUACAAGGGGAUUGUGAAGUGGAAGCACAUCUUUCCAGAAUCAUUUAUAAACAUAGAAUACGACAGUGAGAAGAGAUUUGUAGUGAGCCAGCAGAUGCCUCGUGUUAUUUCUCCCCCUCUGGUUGAUAAGUCUUUGGUCAUUUAUUCUCAGGUUAAUUAUCCAAAAUAGUAACUUCUUAAAUGGAACAUGACAUUUAUUAAAACAUCUUGGUUAUAGAUCUUCA